AUGGAGGAGUCCCGCGGUGGCCCCCCCGGCCGCCCCUCCCGCCUGCUCCGCCUCUUCCUCGCCUCCUCCUCCUCCUCCGACUCAGCCGCCGAGAGGGAGGCCCUCAUGGAGACAGCCUACCCGGAGCUGCAGACCUUCUGCCAAAAGCAGGGCUUGAUGUUUGAGAUGAUUGACCUGAGAUGGGGCAUUCAUGACGACAUGGACACUGGCCAUAAGGCCACCACACCGCUCCUUCUGGAGGAGAUCAGGCGCUGCCAGUCACUAUCUGUGGGCCCCAACUUUGUUGCGCUGCUGGGCAGUCAGUACGGCCGCUGCCCUCUGCCUCUGACCAUCGAGAGCCAGGACUACGAGGUCUUCCUGCCUCUCCUCCCCAUCCUCGAGGAGCCCCAAGCCCCGCAGCUCCUGGCCCAGUGGUACCCCAAGGAUGAGAAUGCGGUCCCUCCGCUCUACGCCCUGCACCGCCCCCCCCAGGCCAGCCCUGAGCAAGAAGAGGGCCUGCUCCGGGCGCUGCACAGGGCAGCCCGGCAAGGCGAAAGGCAGGGACUCCUCAGCCGGGAGCGGCGGCAGCUUCUUCGCCGAUCAGAGCUGCACUGGGCAGUGGAGGCUGGCCUCUUCAGCGCUGGAGACGGUGGCCGAGGGGCACUGGUUUUCUUCAGAGAAGCCAAGGAGGACCUCCUGGUGGUGCCCCCAUGCGGUGCAGAGAGCCCCCAGCCGGGGGAGGCUGCAGGAGCCACAGACGCCCCCACGGACCAAGAGCUGCUGGCCGCCCUGAAGGUUCAGAUUGCAGCAGCCGUGCCUCCCCAGCAGCUCCAGGUGCUGCCGGCCCCCCCACCCCGCUGGGACCCCUCCUCUCUCCGGCCCCAGCCACGGCCCAAGUACCUGAAGGCACUUUGCCAACAGUUUGUCGCUGCCACCAGGCAAGAGGUGCUGGCGAGCCUGAGGCCCCAAGGAGACUCACACCAUCUGUGGCAGGAGCUGGCCCACCACCAGGCUCUGGGGCACGAGAAGAGCCAGGCCUCCUGCUGGCGGCAGGCCCUCUUGGACCGCAUCUGUCUGCGCAUGAAGCAAGGCGCCAGUCAGGCCCACGCGCCGCUCACACUUCGUGGGCCGCCGGGCUGCGGGAAGACGGCCCUGCUGUGUCACCUGAGCCGGGCUGCAGAGGCCGGGGUCCUGGGGCCGGGGGCAGUGGUGGUGCUGCGGCUGGUGGGCACCUCCCAGCUCAGCUUGGCCCUUGACAGCCUACUCCACGGCAUCUGCCUGCAAGUCAGCCAGGCGCUGGGCCUGCCCUUUCCUCCGGUGGCAGAGGGGGCAGGCAGCUGGGCCGUGCUCUUCCAUGGCCUCCUCCAGCAGGCCUCUCAGAGGGGCACGAAGCCCCUUCUCCUCCUCCUGGACUCCGUGGAGCAGCUGGGGGGGGCCUGCUGGCUGCCCAAGGUCUGCCCUCCAAGGGUGCACCUCGUCCUCUCUGCCACUCUCCCCGCUCUGCUCCCAGGGCCCCCGGAGGCCGACUGUGUGGAGGUGGAGCCUCUCUCCCGCGAGGAGGCCGAGGAGGCCGUGGCCACGCAGCUGGCGGCUGCAGGGCGGACAAUCACCCCGGCCCAGCAGGCUCUGUUCCGGCAAAGCUUCUCAGAAGGCGGGCACGCUCUGCCAGUGGCACUGGCCAUCGCUCAAGCCCAGCGGUGGGCUUCCUACACUCCGCCUGGGGCACAGGCCCUCUCACGCUCCACCACCGAGGAGGCACAUCACCUCUGCGGGGCUCUCGAACGGCUCCACGGCCCCGUUCUGGUGAAGCAAGCCCUCAGCUACCUGGCCUGCUCCCGGUCUGGGCUGGCCGAAGCCGAGCUGAAAGACAUCUUGUCCCUGGACAACGAGGUCCUCUCUGAGAUCUACUGCCUCCGUCCCCCUCCGAGCACGGCUGUCCUGCGUGUCCCGCCCCUCUGCUGGGCACGGCUGCGCCAGGACUUGGCACAAUGGCUGGAGGACAGGUGGGCCGACGGCUUCCUCCUGCUGGGCUUUGCCCACAGGGAGUUUUCAGCGGUUGUGGAAGAACGCUAUUUGCCCACGCCAGAGGACAGAGCCCGGUGCCACCUGGCCCUGGCGGACUUCUUCCGGGGGACCUGGAGCUGGGGCCUGAAGAAGCCGGUGCACCUCCCCUCCGCCAGCAAGCCUGUGAGCGCGGACAGGAAGGCCAUCCCCCAGCCUCUGUGGUUCAACGGCACGACCCCCAACCAGAGGAAGCUGAGACAGCUGCCCUUCCAUCUGCUGCGGGCUGGGCGGCUGGAGGAGCUGCAACGGGACCUUUUCGGGAACAUGAGCUGGGUGGCCUGCAAGGCUGUCGUUUGUGGGGCGGAGAGCCUGGCCCAGGACGUGGAGGCCUGCCUGGGACACACCAGCUGCCCAGCGGAGCUGCGGCUCCUCCAAAGCCUCUUCCUGCUCCUGCAGCCCGUCCUGAGCGACCUGGAGGGCCAGGCAGCCAGGAGCGUCAUCUGCAUGGAGGUGCUGGCCCGGCUCCAUUCCCUGGCACCCUCCUACCCCGGCCUUAUCGGGAGCUUGUGCCAGCAGGGCAAAGACUGGCUCGCUGCUCGACCCCAUCCAGUCCUGGUGCCUCUUGGGGGAUUCCUCUACCCGCCAGGGGGGCCUCUGCGGAAAACCCUCCCCGGACCCCCCACAGGCACCACCGUGCUGGAGCUGAGCCCGGACCGCAGGGUGCUGCUGGCCGGCUCCCGGGAGGGCUCCGUGAUCGCGUGGGACACGGGAGAUUUCUCACUGCUGCACCUCCUCACCGGCCACUCGGCUGAGGUGAGGUGCGUGAGGAUAUUUGGGCAAGGGACCCGCGUUGCCUCAGCCGCCCUGGACCACACCCUGCGCCUCUGGAGCCUGGCUUCUGGCAGAGAGGAGCUGUGCAUCCACAAGGCCCCCGUGGGAGGCCAGCCUUGCAGCCAGCUGCACGUGGACGAGAAGAAGGGCCUGGUGCACUGGGUCUCCAGCGCAGAGGUCAGCGCCUGGCACUUGGAGACGGCCGCGCCCGCCUUCCGGAUUCCCACCGAGGCUUCGGACGAGUGGCUCCUCACAGCUGUCUUUGUGCCCAGGCUGGUGCUGGUGACGGUGUCCGAGCAGGGCGCCCUCUGCCUGUGGCACGGUGGCACGGGGCAGCUGCAGGCUCGGCACACGCUUGCGGGGCUGGGGGAGGGAGAGGCCCCCACUUGCAGCGUGCUGCUCCCCAAGCUGGGCAGGAUGGUGGCCGGCUUCAGUGGAGGCUCUCUCUUGACGAUCUCCUCUGACGGAAACAGCCUGCUGGAGAAGCUCCCAGAGGGCAUCUGCUUCUUGGCGCUUUCGGAAGACGAGGCUCUUCUUGCUGCAGGUUUCGGGUGGCGUGUGAGGGUCUUCUCGGCUGAUUCGAAAGGAUCCCGCUGCGUCCUGGCCUCUGAUCUGAUGCAUGAUGGGGCGGUCCAGGCAGCCGCCUUCUCUGCUGACAGCAGCAGCCUCUUCACCAGCUCUUUGGGAGAGUCCAUCUGGGUGUGGAGCCUCACCCAGCAAGGGUUGCUGACUGAUGUGUUGGGAGAUGCCGGGGCUCCCAUCAUGCAUUUGGCCCUCUGGGGCAGCACGCUGGUGUCAGCCUCUCCUCACACCCCUCGCCUCAGCAUCUGGGACCUGGGCUACGAUCGCACCCACAAGCCGCUGCCCCCCAAUAUGGCCUGCCCACGGUCCACAGCCCUGUCCCACCAGGCCAAGUACGUCUGCUUCCCCCAAGGCAGAGAAAGUUGCAAAGUUGUCCUCUGGGACUCAGAGGAAGGCAGGGCUUGUGAAGUGCUGGACGUCUCGGCCCCUGUGCGGUCCUUGCAAGUGGCCCAACACAGGAACCUCCUCUUCGCUGGACUGGCGUCGGGAACCGUGCUGGUGUUUCCCUUGGAGGCCAGGCAGGAUGCCGGAUGCGUCCCUCCCGCAGAGAACCCAAAGCCCGUCUGCCUCCUGGCCCUGACCCGGCAUGAGGAGCAGCUGGCCACUGCCUCCGAGGACCUGGUGCAAGUCCUGGAUGUGGGGCAGGGGGAGCCCGGCCCCCUGCUCAGCCGCCCCACCUACACCUUCUACACGCAGCUCCCGGGCGCCACCAUCUCCAGCCUGGCCCUCCUGGCUGGGUACCGGGUGCUGUACGGCAUGACGAGCGGGGAGCUCUUCCUCUACGACUGCCCGCGGGGCCAGGUCUUCCCCUUGGAAGCGCACAGCAGCCCGGUCACCUGUGUGGAAGUCAGCCACGGAGAGAAAUGGGCUGUGAGUGGCUCCGUGGAUUCGCUCCGGUGCCUCUGGGAUGUGGAGCUCGGCCACUGGAAACACAAGAUGGCCUUUUGGAAGCAAGGCGCCUUCUCCCACGGUGUUGUGUGCGCCUGCUUCUCCAAGGACGACCGAUACGUCUUCACGGGAUCGCUGGAUCAGUCCAUCACUGUGUGGGAUGUUUCCCAGGGGGUCCUGCUGGCAGUUCAGCUGGUGCAUACGAGCAUCACCAGGAUUGCGCCGACGGCAGAUGGCUUUGUGGCAACCACCAGACUCGGCUACCUCAUCCGAGAGAGAUUCCACUGUCCCCAGCCCCUCAGCUCUCUCUACAACCCACUCCGCCAUGUCAAAGCAACGUGCGAAGUGACGUCUUGGGAGAGAGAGGGGCAGGAGCCAGCCUGUCCCUCAGGAGACCAGAGGGAGGCCUCAGGCAGACAGACCCACAAGAUCUCACAGAUCUGUAGGAUUGUGUAA